CUGCUGCCAACGCUUGGGACCCGGCUUCCGCGCCGAACUCCGCAGGGCCACUGUUGGGCCACUUCGUGGCUUCAGGGUUGGUCACUCAGGGACUGUGUUGGACAUAAUAUGAAUUUUCAGUCCCAUGGGCAUGCUCUUCCAUGUAUACAGAAACUUUUUGUGACAUACUACUGUUUUCCUGUUCAUUUACCAAUAGGAGAUGUUAAAUAUAUCUAAGAAAACAGCUCCUUGCUUUGAGAAAUUCUCCAGACUACAACAGAUCACAAAUAUUCAAGCUGAAAUCUAUCAGAAAAGCCUGGAAAUUGAACUUCUGAAACUAGAAAAAGAUGCAGCAGAUGUUGUUCAUCCUUUCUAUUUGUCUCAAAAGUGUCAUGAUCUACAAAGUAUGAAUAAUCACCUGGAAGCUGUGCUGAAAGAAAAGAGGUCCCUCAGGCAAAGACUGUUGAAACCCAUGUGCCAGGAAAACUUACCUUUGGAGGCUUUUUAUCACAGAUAUAUGGUACAUUUGCUGGAGUUGGCUGUGUCUUUCAUUGAGAGACUGGAAACCCAUCUUGAAACAAUUAGAAAUAUCCCUCAUUUAGAUGCAAAUCUAAAGAAAAUGAGCAAGGCUUUAACCAAGAUGGAUGUUUUGGUGACUGAGACAGAAGAACUGGCAGAGAAUAUUCUUAAGUGGCGAGAACAACAAAAGGAGAUUUCUUCUUGUAUCCCCAAAAUAUUAGCUGAAGAAAGUUACCUUCAAAAAUAUGAUAUUAUAAUUUCUCCUUUACCUUUUACUUCUAAAGGUCAUGCCCAAACAACUAAUAUCAAGUGAUCAUCAAUUUUAUUUUCCCUAAUUAUGUAUAGUUAUAUACAGUCCAUUUCUAGUUGAUUGUGACUUGAGUAUUUUAAGGUUUUGCUGCUAGCACUACUGAAACUGCCCGCAGUAUAUUGGAGUACCAAAAUUUCAAGUUCAUUAGGACCUGAUUCUUUCUGAUUAAAAGACUCAAAAACCAA